AUGGCCAUAUAUGAACUGAAGAGCGACGCGCUCGUUACCGGAAGGGGACGAAUGUACACCCCAGAAGGAGUAUCUACUUGGGAGCACGACAAUGCGCAUCUUCGACAAAUUGGAAAGAAGCCGGUUCUCAAACGGAGUUUUGGCAUUCUCUCAAUUUUUGGCUUCAGUUGCACCCUUCUGGGUACCUGGGAAGGAUUGCUAGGCACUUUCGUUGGGCCUCUAAAGAAUGGUGGCUCCGGUGGCACCGUCUAUGCAUUCAUAUUUGGGUGGGCGCCUACCGCCGGAGGCCAGUAUCACUGGGCUGCUAUGCUUGCCCCGAUUAAAUACCAGAAAUUUCUAAGCUUCAUGACAGGCUGGUGGGCCGUUCUUGGUUGGCAAACCGCCCUUGCAUCAUCCGCCUUUUUGACCGGGACGAUGAUCCAGGGUGCUGCGAUCUUGGGAAACAGUCUUUAUGAUUCCUUACCAUGGCAGGGAACAUUGAUCAUUUGGGCUACACUGCUUUGCGCAUUGCUCGUUAACUUGGCCGGCGGAAGACUUCUUCCCCGGAUUGAGACUGUCCUUCUGGUCGUACAUGUGCUUGGAUUUUUCGGUAUCAUGAUCACUCUGACGUACAUGUCCGAUCAUAAGUCCAAGGAAGAAGUCUUUUUGCAAUUUGAGAACAAUGGGGGGUUCGACUCGCAGGGACUAUCUUGGUUUGUCGGAAUGACGAGUUGUGCUUUUGGCUUCGCCGGAGGAGAUGCUGCCGUGCAUAUGUCUGAAGAGGUUGCAAAUGCGCCACGUGUCAUUCCUCGCGCCCUAAUGCUAAGCGUUUUAGUGAAUGGCUGUCUUGGUUUCGGCAUGCUUCUUGCGUUGCUCUUUUGCGCUGGAAAUCUUGAAGCCGCGUUAAACUCCCGUACUGGGUACCCGUUCAUGGAGAUAUUCUAUGAAGCAACUAACUCGCUGGCUGUUUCGCUUUUGAUGUGUUCUAUCGUCUUGGUUUUUUACUGCUGCUCGCUUAUGGGUCUACUGGCUGCAGCGUCUCGCCAAAUAUGGUCUUUUUCCCGCGAUAAAGGGGUUCCAGGAUGGCAUUUUUGGAAUCAGGUUUCUUCAUCUCGAGGGUUGCCAAUCAACUCUAUCAUACUCACAGUGAUUAUCAGUGGGGCUCUGGCCCUUAUCAAUAUUGGCUCAUCUGUUGCUCUAGACGACGUCGUUUCCAUGGCAGUGUCUGGGUUAUAUCUAUCUUACCUCAUGGUAUGUAUCUUGCUACUCUACCGCCGCACUCAGGGUAACAUUUCUCGACACAAUGAGAGUGAGGACGAUCUUGUGAAUGUGCCCGGUGCGAGGCUUGCCUGGGGAACUUUCCAUUGCCCCGGCAUAUGGGGCACCUUUAUCAAUGUUUUUGCAAUUCUUUAUAUUUUUAUUGUGGUCUUUUUCAGCUUUUGGCCUUCCGAAGUGCAUCCAAGCGUGGAAAGUAUGAACUGGAGCGUCGUUGGCAUCGGGGGUAGCAGUAUUCUUGCUGUUGUGUACUACUUCGCUUAUGCCAGGCAUAUUUACGUCGGGCCCGUUAUGGAAACCUCAAAAUAG